AUGCCAAACCAGAUUCAAGAUCUCCACACUGUGGAUGAGAGUUCAUUCCCAUAUGUCUUCGAGCAGAAUGCAACUGUUCCGCUCAAGUCGUCUGAAGGGCUUGUACGAGUGAAUGUUUACCGCCCAAAGACAGACAAGAAGGUGCCCGUUUUGGUCACCUAUGGGCCGUACGGUAAAGACAUACCGUAUGCUGACUUUCAUCCAAAAUCAUUCUCCGAGUUGAACCCUCAACAGAAGUCUCAGCACUCAGCAUGGGAAACACCAGAUCCUGCAUAUUGGACGAGUCAGGGCUACGCCGUCGUCCGCGCAGAUGAAAGAGGCACGGGACAGAGUCCGGGGUUCCUCGAUACCAUGUCGAAGGGUACCUCCGAGGCGUUCUUUGAAGUCGUCGAGUGGUGCGCCGAACAGCUUUGGUCCUCUGGCAAAGUCGGCAUCCUAGGCAUUUCGUACUAUGCUGGCACUCAAUGGCGCGUGGCAGCUCGCCAGCCGAAAGGACUUUCAUGCAUUAUCCCUUGGGAGGGCAUGAGCGACUACUACAGGGAUCGCUGCCGACAUGGAGGUAUUCUGAGCAAUACAUUUAUCUCCUUUUGGUGGAAUCGUCAGGUUGUGUCGAAUCAGUACGGACGGCCAGGCCGGAAAGCUGCGAAUUGGGGGCCGGACACGAUUGAGGGGGAUUUGAGUGAGGAAGAGAGGGCUGCAAACCGUCAGGAUCAGACGAUUGAUAACGAGAAGUAUCAUUACAGGGAUGAGCACUAUUAUGCCAGCAAAGAGUUCAACCUCGCCGAAAUCAAGGUUCCAGUGCUGUCUGUAGCAAACUGGGGUGGUAUCUUGCUGCACUUGCGUGGCAACGUUCAGGGUUAUCUAGGUGCUGGCAGCGACUUGAAGUAUCUGCGGUUCAUCACUGGACGACACGACUUGCCUUUCUACUACGAGGAAGAAGUCGAGCUACAGAAGAGUUUCCUGGACGCAUUCCUCAAGGGCGAAGACCGUGUUGGUUGGUCAGAAAAGGGCAAGCUUCCACCGGUCGACUUGGUCCUGCGCAAAGGCGACGUCGGCUUCAACGACGCCCAAGCAGAGAAGGCAUACCAGAGGAGGACAGAGAACGAGUGGCCAAUUUCACGGACACAGUACACUCGAUACUAUCUCCAUCCAGACAAGAGUCUGUCGUCUUCGGGCCCGUCCGGCGAACAGAAGGCACUCUCGUACAAGGCCUUGGGUACCAUGGAAUCUCCUCAGACCAUCCAGUUCGCAACUCCAUCCUUCGAAGCGGAGACAGAGGUGACGGGUCAUAUCGUCGCUCAUCUAGCCGUCUCCUGCUCUAGCAGCGCCGCCGAUCAAAGCCCACCAUCCGAUAUCGACCUCUUCAUAACUCUUCGCUAUAUCUCGCCGGAGGGCAAAGAAGUCUACUACACCGGCACAGCAGGCGAUCCCGUUCCCUUGACCAAAGGUUGGCUGAGAACAAGCUUGCGAAAAUUCGACGACCAGCACCCUCGCCAUAGGGAGUGGCUGCCACACCGAGAGUAUCGCCAGACCGAUGUCCAAGAAGUCAAGCCGGAUACUGUAUAUGAUGUGGAUGUGGAAGUCUGGCCGACAAAUGUAGUUGUUGAGAAGGGAGGGAAGCUCGUGUUUGAGGUUUCGAGUGGUGACACUCAAGGCUGUGGGCUUUUCGAGCAUACUUCUCCUGCUGACAGAUCGGAGAAAGUGUUCGCAGGCGUAAACAGCCUUCACUUUGGAGGCGGGCACGAGAAUUAUGUCGUCUUGCCCAUCAUCCCGCCGAAAUAA